GAACAGCAUCCGCAGCAAGAAAUCUCCGUGCUAUUCUUCCUCGAAGACGCCAGUUAACCCUUGUUUGCUGAAGACUUUGACCAAGGCUGCUCUCAACUUUUAACAUCAACUUGAGGAAAGACUGGUUUUAGAAUUCAGGAAAACAGUGGAAGUUUCUUGGCCCAUUUGACCUGCCGAAGAGCAAUGCUAAGGUGACCUUUGGUUUAAAAAAUUAAGAGAAAGGACGGCCUCUUCAGAUAAGAACACCUUCUACAAAGUUCCCUGCAUGAAAAAUAAUUUAAACGCUGCACACAGAUCUUUUGUGAAAGAAGAAAAGGAAAUCCAGUGUGUGGGUCUCAGCAGGAGUAAAGCUAAUGCAGCUUAAAAUAAUGCCGAAAAAGAAGUACUUAUCUGCAGGCAGAGUGCCCCUGGUUCUCUUCCUGUGCCAGAUGAUCAGUGCUCUGGAAGUACCUCUUGAUCAUGGGAAAAAAGCAAAACUUCUUGAAGACUUGGUACAGCCUCCAACCAUCACGCAACAGUCUCCAAAAGACUACAUUAUUGACCCCCGGGAGAAUAUUGUCAUCCAGUGUGAGGCCAAGGGGAAACCUCCUCCAAGCUUUUCCUGGACGCGUAAUGGAACUCAUUUUGACAUAGAUAAAGACCCUUUGGUCACCAUGAGGCCUGGCUCAGGAACACUCGUAAUCAACAUCAUGAGUGAAGGGAAGGCAGAAACCUAUGAAGGCGUCUACCAGUGCACUGCAAGAAAUGAACGUGGAGCUGCAAUUUCUAACAACAUUGUUAUCCGGCCAUCCAGGUCACCACUGUGGACCAAAGAAAAGCUUGAACCAAUAACACUUCGAAAUGGUCAAUCAUUAGUGCUUCCCUGUAGACCUCCAAUUGGACUACCACCAGCUAUAAUAUUUUGGAUGGAUAAUUCCUUUCAAAGACUUCCACAAAGUGAGAGGGUUUCCCAAGGUCUGAAUGGCGACCUUUAUUUCUCCAAUGUUCUCCCAGAGGACACCCGGGAAGACUAUAUCUGCUAUGCCAGGUUUAAUCACACUCAAACCAUACAACAGAAGCAACCUAUUUCCGUGAAGGUGAUUUCAGUGGAUGAAUUGAAUGACACUAUAGCUGCUAAUUUGAGUGACACUGAGUUUUAUGGUGCUAAGUCAAGUAAAGAGAGGCCACCAACAUUACUAACUCCAGAAGGCAAUGCAAGUCACAAAGAGGAGCUAAGAGGAAAUGUGCUGUCACUAGAGUGCAUUGCAGAAGGCCUACCUACUCCAAUUAUUUACUGGAUAAAAGAAGAUGGAACACUUCCCAUAAACCGGACACUUUAUCGGAACUUUAAGAAAACCUUGCAGAUCACUCAUGUUUCAGAAGCAGACUCUGGUAAUUACCAAUGCAUAGCAAAAAAUGCAUUAGGAGCUGUCCAUCAUACCAUUUCUGUCACAGUUAAAGCUGCUCCAUACUGGAUCACGGCUCCUCAGAAUCUUGUGCUGUCCCCAGGAGAGGACGGGACCCUGAUCUGCAGAGCUAAUGGCAACCCCAAGCCCACAAUUGGCUGGUUAACAAAUGGAGUCCCAAUAGAAAUUGCUCCUGAUGACCCCAGCAGGAAGAUCGAUGGAGAUACCAUUAUCUUUACACAUGUCCAAGAAAGAUCAAGUGCAGUUUAUCAGUGCAAUGCAUCUAAUGAGUAUGGAUAUUUACUAGCAAACGCAUUUGUAAAUGUGCUCGCUGAACCACCUCGAAUUCUCACAUCUGCAAACACACUGUACCAGGUUAUUGCUAACAGACCUGCCUUAUUAGAUUGUGCCUUCUUUGGGUCUCCUCUGCCUACAAUUGAGUGGUUUAAAGGAGCUAAAGGACGGGCUCUUCAUGAAGACAUUUAUGUUUUACAUGAAAAUGGAACUUUGGAAAUUCCUGUGGCCCAGAAGGAUAGUACAGGAACUUACACAUGUGUUGCAAGGAAUAAGCUGGGGGUGGCAAAAAACGAAGUUCACUUAGAAAUCAAAGACCCUACCAGGAUCAUUAAGCAGCCUGAAUAUGCAGUUGUGCAAAGAGGGAGUAAGGUGUCCUUUGAAUGCAAAGUGAAACAUGAUCACACCUUAAUUCCCACUGUCAUGUGGCUAAAGGACAACGGAGAGCUGCCCAGUGAGAAAAGGUUCACUGUUGACAAGGACCAUUUGGUGAUAACUGACGUAAGUGACGAUGAUGGUGGGACCUAUACAUGCAUGGCCAACACAAGUCUGGAUGAUGUCUCUGCCAGUGCCGUGCUCAGGGUUGUGGCUCCUACUCCAACUCCAGCUCCCAUUUACGACGUCCCAAACCCUCCCUUUGAUUUAGAAUUGACCAACCAACUUGACAAAAGUGUUCAGCUGACAUGGACUCCAGGUGAUGACAACAAUAGUCCCAUUACAAAAUUCAUCAUUGAAUAUGAAGAUGGAAUGCAUGAGGCAGGACUGUGGCACCACCAAGCUGAAGUUUCCGGAACACAGACCACAGCCCAACUGAAGCUAUCUCCUUAUGUGAACUAUUCCUUCCGAGUCAUGGCAGAGAACAAUAUUGGGAGGAGCUCACCCAGCGAGGCAUCUGAACAGUAUCUCACAAAAGCCGCAGAACCAGAUCAAAAUCCCACGGCUGUGGAAGGACUGGGAACAGAGCCUGAUAACUUGGUGAUUACAUGGAAGCCUUUAAAUGGUUUUGAAUCAAAUGGGCCUGGCCUUCAGUACAAAGUGAGCUGGCGCCAGAAAGAUGGUGAUGAUGAAUGGACGUCUGUGGUCGUGGCCAACGUAUCCAAAUACAUUGUCUCUGGCACACCAACCUUUGUCCCAUACCUGAUAAAAGUUCAGGCCCUGAAUGAUGUGGGGUUUGCUCCUGAGCCAGCGACAGUCAUGGGACAUUCUGGGGAAGACCUCCCAAUGGUGGCUCCCGGGAACGUACGUGUGAGUGUGGUGAACAGUACUUUGGCGGAGGUGCACUGGGACCCAGUACCUCUGAAAAGUAUCCGAGGACACCUACAAGGCUACCGGGUUUACUAUUGGAAGGCACAGAGUUCAUCUAAAAGAGACAGACGCCACAUUGAGAAGAAGAUCCUCACCUUCCAGGGCAGCAAGACUCAUGGCAUGCUGCCAGGGCUGGAGCCCUACAGCCACUACACUCUUAAUGUCCGAGUGGUCAAUGGGAAAGGGGAGGGCCCGGCCAGCUCAGACAGAGGCUUCCACACUCCAGAGGGAGUCCCCAGUGCUCCCUCAUCUUUGAAAAUUGUUAAUCCCACUCUGGACUCUCUCACUUUGGAAUGGGAUCCACCAAGCCACCCAAAUGGCAUUUUGACAGAGUACACCUUAAAAUAUCAGCCAAUUAACAGCACACAUGAAUUAGGCCCUCUGGUGGAUAUAAAAAUUCCUGCCAACAAGACACGUUGGACUUUAAAAAAUUUAAAUUUCAGCACUCGGUAUAAGUUUUAUUUCUCUGCCCAAACGUCAGCAGGAUCUGGGAGUCAAAUUACAGAGGAAGCGAUAACAACUGUGGAUGAAGGUAAGAUGGCUGGUAUUCCUCCACCUGAUGUAGGUGCAGGCAAAGUUCAAGCUGUAACUCUCCGGAUCAGCAAUCUUACUGCCGCAGCUGCUGAGACGUAUGCCAAUAUCAGUUGGGAAUAUGAGGGACCAGAGCAUGUGAACUUUUAUGUUGAAUAUGGUGUAGCAGGCAGCAAAGAAGAAUGGAGAAAAGAAAUUGUAAAUGGUUCUCGAAGCUUCUUUGGGUUAAAGGGUCUAAUGCCAGGAACAGCAUACAAGGUUCGAGUUGGUGCUGAGGGCCACUCUGGUUUUGUGAGUUCAGAGGAUGUGUUUGAGACAGGCCCAGCAAUGGCAAGCCGACAAGUGGAUAUUGCAACUCAAGGCUGGUUCAUAGGCCUAAUGUGUGCCGUUGCUCUCCUUAUCUUAAUUCUGCUGAUCGUUUGCUUCAUCAGAAGAAACAAGGGUGGUAAAUAUCCAGUUAAAGAAAAGGAAGAUGCCCACGCAGAUCCAGAAAUCCAGCCAAUGAAGGAAGAUGAUGGAACUUUUGGAGAAUACAGCGAUGCAGAAGACCACAAGCCUCUGAAAAAAGGGAGUAGAACACCUUCAGACAGGACUGUGAAAAAAGAAGAUAGUGACGAUAGCCUGGUUGACUAUGGAGAAGGAGUGAAUGGCCAAUUCAAUGAGGACGGCUCCUUUAUUGGACAAUACAGUGGUAAGAAAGAGAAGGAACCAGCUGAGGGAAAUGAAAGCUCAGAGGCGCCUUCUCCUGUCAACGCCAUGAACUCCUUUGUUUAAUUUUUAAGCUCUUUGCCAAUGUCUCACUUCUGUAGAAUGUUUUCAUAAGCACUUCUUCAUCAGCCCUCUCAUACUCUGAACAUAUGGGUGGAAAGUAUACUUUCUGCUGUAUGUUGAUAUUAUGAGAAUAGAGUAAGAAUAUAACUCAGUCAAGCGAUAUGUUAAUGUGAACUGGGGCUCAAAGUGUAUACUUUUUCAUUCACCAAACUGAUAAAAAUAAGGAAUAUCAUCAUCAACAGAACACGUUAUUUCCUCUUCAGGAUAUGACUCACUAAGAUGCAUGACAAGUGCUACGCAGUGAAGGGACAUACCUGCAUCUAUGACUGAAAGAAGGUUUGAUACUUUGCUUAUGCUCCCCUCAGCUGAACCCCUAAAUAUGAAUUCCGUUUUCAUUGUCAAGUGUUACUGUAGUAUUCUCUAGAACCUCAAUGUCUUUGUGGACAUUGUCGUGAAAUUGGUGACUCUGUGUCUAGCUGUCGGUAGUCUUUUUGGGGAGACUGUUAGGAACAGUGUGUACAGUCUGUUCUUUCUACAUGCGUUAACUAUGACAGGUGCGUCUGCUCACGCUCACUGGGGCUCUGUUACUUGCUCUCUGCUCCUGUGCUCCGUAGGCUUCUUAACCCUUCCUGCAGCAGCAGCAGCAGCAGUGUUCGACUUCUUACCUUAGCUCUAUGGUCAGUUACUGUUAGGCAUAGACGAUGGAUUUUACAAUACAUUCAGGCGUUUGUACCAUACUAAAAGAAUCAAAGGCAAGUCAUACAAAUCACAUUUCCAAACUGAUCCAGGAAACACAGGGCAAGACACGUGCAGUGCCUUCAGACAGUAACCGUUCCCUAACUCCCACACUCCGUAUCAGCUGAUACGAGCAACUCCAUCCUGAGUUACUGUCAUUGUUUGGAAAGUAGCUUUUUAAACGGCAGAGAUAAUGAAACCCAAAGUGCUAGGGGAAAAGUAAAUAAAUGUGCAAAUAAAAAUAAUGAGUUUCUAUACCCAAAUACAUAAAAAGUAAGCUUUAUCAUCAGCUGUUGCACAUGACAAUUUGUGGUCUUUUGUGGCUUCCAUCCAGGCAAGUGACAGCCAAUUUAAAAAAAGAAGAAGAAAAGACAUCAAUGUGGUAGAAGAUUGAUUAAAACAAAUUAAUACAAAGCAAAGUGUGCCAAAGUUACAUAUUAUUUGCUAAGAUUUUACCUGUAUGAGCUAAGAUGUUACCUGUGAGCUCUCAAAGCUCUCUACAGCAUCCUGCAACAUGUAUGCAAAUCGCAGCGGGCACACUUCAGAACCAGAGAGGCCUGGCGAGUGUUUAAUAGGCCAACAGUCAAAGGGUUCACCUCUGCAGCUUAGAAAUAAAGAAAUAAAUAUCCUAUCAUAGUCACAAUCAACAUCUAUUGAAUGGUUUACCUCCAAGAUGAAAAUCUAUAACAACCUAUGGUUGAAGGAAUGCUCAGUUUCAUUUGCCAAUAAAUUGGUUUCUCAUAACUUGCAUCAAGUUUAAUUUUAAGUAAAGCUUUUUAUAUGUAGAUAUUUUGUUGAAUUUGUAAAUAUACUUAAAGUGUAGGAGCUAUAUGCUUAUAGGUGUUGCAUAUAAAUAAACAUGCAAACUAUGUCUAUGUUGUACUGUAUGAGAAGUAAGCUAAUUAAUUAAUGCAGUGUGUGGGACUGGAAAGCAUCUACAUGCAUUUUGUGGGGUUUUUCUUUCUUUCUUUUUGCUGUGAAACAAGUAGUGAACCUUUCCACGUGUCAUGUGAGCAGGUUUCUAGCUGAAGUCAUCAGAGCUUAGCCUAGGGAACCACGUAGGGUUAGUCGCAGGGCAUCUUUGGUGAAUUCAGAUAAAGCAUAGUUGGACAAGUCCCAGGACAAGAUGACUCUACGUACUUUCAUGUCUCCGUAUCCACUUUCACAAUCAAUCUAUUUAUUGGAAAUACAAAAUAAUGAGACAGGCUUGCCUUGAUACUAGAGAGCACAAAGAUAAAAGUUCCUUUUAAUUUGUUGGUGGUUUGAAAGAACAAUAAAAAUGCCAUUUUUAUGCUUCCAUGAUAGAUGCUAAAUUUUUUUGUGCAUGGAGUCACUUCUGUAGCAAUGCAACAGAUUUUGUAUUAAAAAUUUAAAUGUGGUUUCAAAGUCCCUCUUUCUUCUGUAAUUUAUGUUCUAGUGGAGUGUGAAUGUCCACAUAAUGACAUGUGUAACAGUACAGGCAAAUGUGACUUGAUUUCCAUCAAAAAGUGACUAUUAAACAGUCUUGAUCUCUU